AUGGCUACCAAGGACGACACCCCCGUCGACACGCGAGAUGCGCUGGAAGUGAUCGAGUCGGAGGCUAAAGAAUUGGAAAAGGAUGCCGAGAUCGACCGCAUCUUGAGAGCCUUCCGGCUCGAUGCCUAUGCAGUGCUCGGCCUCAAGCCCGGCGUGCCCGAAUCCGACAUCAAGAACACCUACCGGAAAAAGUCCCUGCUUAUCCACCCGGAUAAGACCAAGAACCCUCGCGCACCGGACGCAUUCGACCGGCUAAAGAAGGCCCAGACCGAACUGAUGGACGAGAAGCAUCGCAAGAACCUGGACGAGGCCAUCGCGGACGCGCGCAUGCUGGUCAUGCGCGAGAACAAGUGGACGGUCGACAGCCCGGAGCUGAAGACGGAAGAGUUCGAGCGCAAGUGGGUCGACAAGACCAAGUUUGUGCUGAUCGAGAACGAGCAGCGGCGGCAGAGGCAGAUGAAGGCGCAGAUGCAGGAAGAAGGGCGCGAGCAGCGGAGGCAGGAGCAGGAGGCCGAGGCGAGGCGCCGCAAGAGGCAGCACGAGGAGGACUGGGAGGCGACGAGGGACCAGCGGAUCAGUAGCUGGCGCCAAUUUCAGAAAAAGAAGACGGGAGGGGAGGAGGGUCCGGCGAAAAAGAAGAAGAUGAAGCCGAUCGGUUGA